AUAUGACCAACAUUGGUCUUUGCUCCUACACGACUAGUGUAUAUUCACAAGUAUAUACUGGUGUAUAUUCAAUGCCCAGCGCUGGUAUACUUGUCAUGGUAAUUGUAUAUUCUCCCACAUGGAUUGUAUAGUUGACCAGUUUAUAAGUUUAUCAAGUCCUCUCAAUGAAUUAAAUUAAAUAAGUCAGUUCGAAAUGGAUCCCGAACAGAAGAAGAUCGUUGCUGUUGCAAGCUAUAUUGCUUUGAGCUGUGCGUACUCGUUAAAAAAAAAAGCCAAAAGAGAAACACGUAAAAGAAGAUGGUGGAUGGUUUCUAUUCUUCAAAGUCGUGAGAGGUAUAGUGCUACAAAUAUGCUGAGUGAUUUAAAUAAAGAACCAUCGGGAAAAUUCGAAAAUUUUUGUAGGAUGUCUGCAAGUGAUUUUGAGUACUUGAUAAAUAAAAUAGGGCCUCUCAUUACAAAAAAAGACACAAAUAUGAGGAAAGCUAUUCCAGCCCAGGAAAGAUUGGCCAUAACAUUACGGUUUUUAGCUUCGGGAGAUAGCUUUGUAAGUUUGUCUUACCUAUUCAAGGUAUCAAAUCAGAUUAUUUCAUCUAUAGUACACGAAGUUUGCAGUGCUUUAGUUCAAAUCCUAAAAGAUGAAAUAAAAGUAAGUUGGACAUUUUUUUUUAAAUAUAAACUAAGUUAUUUACAAAUUUAUAAAAAUAUAUAUAUUAUAAUAUAG